UGGCUUCGGUUACUUCCCUCCCUGUUAACUCUACUUCCAAGUAUGAAUUCCGGCGGCGGCGACGAGCGGAGACUGAGUUCCGAUACUCUCGCCGGAGAUGUCUGGGGAGAGAGGGUAUCGGAGAAGGUUCUCUCGCUGUACAAUUCUCUCCCGAAGAAGGGGAAGCCUCAGGGCCGGGAAGUCACCGUCUUAGCUGCAUUCCUCCUCUCAUCGCCUUGUCAAGAGCUGGAGGUGGUUUCUCUGGGAACGGGGACAAAGUGUAUUGGGGGCUCUCUGCGGAGCCCUAAUGGCGACGUUGUGAAUGACUCCCAUGCCGAAGUUAUCUCCCGGAGAGCUCUCAUGAGGUUCUUCUACACACAGAUUCAGCGGCUUAAUGACUUAUAUGGUGCCGAACAACCAGAAUUUGAUGAUCAAAGUAAAAGCUCUCCUCUUCAGCUGAUUCUAGACGGUCCUGGUCAGGGAAAAUACAGGAUGAGGUCUGGUUGGAAACUACAUCUAUAUAUAUCUCAAUUGCCAUGUGGCGUUGCUUCACCCUCAUCAUUAUUGUCAGAGAGUUCUGAGAGUGUAUUGUCGGGGAAAGGAAUUCCAGUUUCACUGUCAUCCUGCGUUGAGCUCGAUGAUCCUGAGACAAUUUGCUCGGAGAAAGGAGUGGAUGGGAAUGUUCCAGGUAAUGGUUUGCAGCUAAUUGGCACAGUUCAGAGAAAACCUGGUCGUGGUGACACAACAUUGUCAGUAAGCUGCUCAGAUAAGAUAGCUAGAUGGAAUGUUGUUGGUGUUCAAGGAGCGCUACUUUCCUACUUCCUUCAACCAGUUUACCUGUCUUCAAUUGUAAUUGCACAAUCCCCAAACAAUUGUGGAGAUUGUUUGAUGCUCUCUCGGAUGGAGAGUGCCAUAAAUGGACGAACCCUCCAUUUUCCAUAUGCUCAAUUAAGCGCCUUCUCAGUAAACAAGCCCUUGUUCUUUCUUGCACCGAUACCACCAAAGGAAUUUCAGCACUUGGAGACUGCUCAAAUGACUUUGACUUGUGGGUAUUCAAUAUGUUGGAACAAGUCUGGGGUGCACGAAGUCAUACUUGGUACCAUGGGAAGAAAACAAGGCGCCUCUGCCAAAGGGGCACUUUAUCCAUCUACCAUGUCAUCUUUAUGCAAAUACCGACUCUUGGAGACGUUCUUGUCACUAAGACAUGAAAGCCUUGCUGAAGUUUCAUGCAAUGGGAUUACUUAUCGAGAGCUCAAGGAAGGUGCUCAGGAUUACAAGUUAGCUUCGAAAAUCUUGAAAACCUUGCCACCAUUCAGCAAUUGGCUAUUGAAACCUUCAGAUAAUGAAGCUUUCUCGGUCUGGAGAUCGUGACAGUGGAUCUGGUUGAAGUCUGAAUGGCACCGUCCUGGAUUAAAUAACAGCUCAGCUCUUGCAGUAUUCCUGCUUUUCUUUGAUGGUUGCCACAGUUGGAGAUUCUCCCUAACCGAAGUUUAGCUCUCAAUGAUGGGGAGUAUUCAAGUUUCUUGCAUGACGGUCAUCCUGAAAAUUGUCUAGGAGUUGUACCAUUGUCCUAUAGGAGUUUUAUGUUGAUAAAAGAUGCUUUUGCUAUCAGAAAAUUAAAGCUGUUUGUUGAUCAAGUGAUUCUAAUGAAUUAGACAGAUUUUCUAGUUUUC